CCACCCUCAUUUAUUUUACUUAAUCCCCAUAAAUAUCUCACUCACUCUACUCCUCCUCACUUACUCAGAUCUCCACCACCCCAAAACGAUGCGUUUCACUCUCCUCCUCCCCCUCCUCCCCUUCCUCCUCCUCCUCCUCCUCUCACACUCCUCCGCCGCACGUAAACCAACCUCCACCACCUCCCACCUCGUCCGUACUUCAUGCCAACACGCCAGCUACCCCAACCUCUGCCUCCACACCCUCUCCACCUCCCCUGCCCAAACCCCUCGCGACCUCGCCCAAGCCGCCGUCGCCGUCUCCCUCUCACGCGCCCGUAAAGUCUCCGCCUUCCUCUCCCAGCUCUCCCACACCUCCUCCUCCAAACCAAAACGUCAGCGCGUGGCCCUCGGCGACUGCGUGGAGCAAGUCUCGGACUCCGUCGACGAGCUCAAGCGUACUCUGGAGGAGCUCCACCACCUCCAUGAGGAGACGUUCCGGUGGCAGAUGAGCAACGCCCAGACGUGGGUCAGCGCCGCCCUCACGAACGACGACACGUGUCUCGACGGGUUUCAGGAGGUCGACGGCGAGGUGAAGGCGGACGUCAAGAGGAAGAUCACUAAUGCUGCUAGGGUUACUAGUAACGCGCUCUAUAUGAUCAACCGGCUAGACGAGAGCCGUGGACGGCCCAGAUCUAAGCCUUGAUGAUGGACGGACGGUGGUGGCCUGAUUUACUUGAGACCUAGCCGUUGGUGUUUGUACUGUGCUUGUUUUAGUAAUUGUAGUUCUUACUAUUUACUGUUAGUGUUUCUUCAAGUUGUAUUAUACUGUCGUCUUAUCCAAGUUGUAUAAUACUAUCACUGGAUCUAAUCAUAAAAUGAUAUGUUUUCCAUAUGCAUCACGUCCCCUAUUGCAAGUACUAGUGUUUUCCGGUGACU